AUGGAAAUGACAAAGGUCACCGAAGAGGAUCUGGCCGAACUGGGAUUGAGCGACCUUUCGCUGAACGACAAAGCAGCAGAUGAUGACCUUUGGGCAACUCCAAUGGUCUCAGAUGAAUCGAACGAAUCGUAUUUCACGGACGAUGAAACGACCAUGAAUAUGUCGUUCCAAUCCGCAAUGAGACAAGCUGACCGCGCUGAAGGGAUGACACCUUUCAAGGACAUACCAGAACACCUCAUCGAACGGACACAAACGGGAAAGGUCAUCAACGUACGACCGCCGUCACCGAAUAGCCCCACGUCAACUCUGAAGAGACGCGUGAAGGAUCUGGAAGAUGAACUCCAUAAUAAGGAGGACCAGACGGCGAGACGAAAACAGGAAUAUCAAGAGAGGCUGACAUCGCUUGAAACCCGGCUGUUUGAGUUGGAACAACAACGGGGUUACUUGGAGAGCACAGCAGAGGAAUGGAAAGUGAAGUACGAAAAGCAAAGGGAACUGGCCGAAGAGUACUUGAAAAUGGUUGAUGACAGAGAAAUGGAAGGUCAUCUUGCGGUCAGUGAACUUAACGAGAGUAUGUCCGAAGAAUCAGCUGAAAGGUCACGGCACAUAGCCGAAUUAAAGGACGAAUGUGACUCACUGAAACUAAAGGUCACCGAAACUGAAACGAAAAGAGAUGAAUACGCAACCAAACUCGCCGAAGUUACUCAGCGGUUGUUGACGAACACCACUGAAGUCUUCAAGCUCAGGAAUGACCUGAAGCUCCGUGACGAGAAUAUCGGGACCCUCCAGAAGGAGUCAUACGAUCACCAGAGAAGAGCUGAUGAAGCCGCUAAGGUGGCAAAGGACUUGCGAGAUCUUACAGCCACCGAAGGUGUACGGCUGAAGAAUGAAAUAAGACAGGUGAUGCAAGAGAACAAGGUGUUGAAGGAGGACAACAAAAAGGUCACCGAUGAGAUCAAAGAGUUGAAAGAAGCCGCCAAGACAAUUGCCGAGCAAGGCAAGAGGUGGGAACAUGAGGCACACCUCCUGGAUGAAAAGGUCACGGUGCUCGAGUUGAAAGAUAAAGAGUGGCAACAGACAGUUCAUCAGAAGACACAGGAGAUCAUUAAACUCAACACGGAGUUGAUCGAUAUGACCCAAACAGCAAUGACAAGAGAAGAUGAGGUCAAUCAGACAAAAACCCAGCUGAAAGCGGCAGCCGAUGAGUACUCGAAACUGGAACGAGAUGUGACCCAGUUGGCGGAACACAUUAGGAAAGUGGAAAACGAUACCGAAAAGGUCAUCCAAGACAAAACGCUUCAAUUGCAUCAGCAAAUGUCGAAGGUCAACCAAGAGAACCAGAACCUGAAGAAUGAGAAAGAACAAUCCGAUUUAAGGAUUAAGCGCCUCGAAGAUGAGAAUAAAGCUCUUCAAAUGUCCAACAAACAUAAAGACGAACAGCUCCUACAACACGGAGUAACCCGGAGAAGAAGGUUACCGGGAUUAAUGCAGAAGAAAAAGGUGACCUUUGCACCAGAUCCAGACGGAGUGGAUUACCCAGAACGAGGCGGCGACACGUGGUGCAUGUAUGAAACGAUUCCAGAUGAUGAAUGGGUCACCGAGGAAUUGAUGGCAAACUGUAUCUUCGUCGGUCCCAAACGACCUAAAGGUUACGGAAUGGUUCAACAGGAUAAAGCUCAUAAAGAGACUACAAAAGGAACAGAACAAGAGGAGCUGGUUAAAGAGAUAGUCGAGGGAGGAUCGAAUGAAACGGAAGAAAGUUCAAGGAAGGUGGAGCCGGAGAAAUGGAAGAGACCUCAGUCACAGGAGUCGAAGAAACUGGAGGCGCCAGACGUUCGUUGCAAAGAGUACUCGAGAUUGCUCAAGGAAGCCAGGAUCACCUUCAGUGUGACGAACCAAACUGUGCCCAUUGCAACCCACCUGGUGACGCUGAACCAGAGUCGGAAGAUGAGAACUCAGUUGAAGAUGAAGAAGACUCAGAUGAGGAAAUGGUGGACAAACACAAAAAAGCCCUCAAAAGAGGCGACACCGAGAAAAGCGCCUAAGUUGGAAGAAGCUAUGAACCGUGAGAAGCCUAAGAAAGGGGACUUCCUAAAGAAACGAAGGGAAGCAGAAGAGAGGAAGAAAAAGAGCGGUGAUGAAAGCGAGAGCACAAGCACCGAGAAAAAGAAGACGGAGGGGAAGAAGAAAGAAAAACCGUCAUCUCAUGAUGUUGAAAUACUGGACGAAUCAGUUGGCGAAGUUGAAGAAAGAUCAUCGACACCUACAACCUCAAAGAAAGUCAUCCAAUCAGCUACAUCAAAAGCAAAGGUCACUGAGCCUGAGUCGCCAAAACCCAAAGCAAAGGUCAUAGCAGUGAAACAGGUUGUCCCCAUUGUCAUUUCGGCAUCCACGCCGAAAAGGGCGCAGGGAUAA